CAACUCUCCCACCCCAUUAAAAAAAAAAAAAAAAAUCAUUAUAGAAGUGUGAGAAAGUUUUGUAUAUUAGGGUUGGCUUGGGAUUGUAGAAUCAAAUAAGAACAAAUGAAAAAUAUAUAUUUGUUAUCCAUCCAGCGGUUGCUGAUCGGCUCCAAGCUUUAGCUUUUCUGCGAAACUAACGAUUGCCGAACGGAGGAUAGAGGAGAGGAAGAGGAAAGGAACCGAGAAGAGAUAGAGGCUCCAUCCAGUUGCCUUGACUUAUCAUAGAUGGAGCAGGGGAAACAGGGAGUGGUAGUUAAAUUGACUCCUCCACAAAACCCUGUGGAGCAGAUUCAGGCUCGUUUCAAGGAACUAGAAAAUGGGUUCAGAACGUGGUUGGCCAAGCAGUCUCUCCCAGUCGAGGCUGCUGUUGUCACCGCCACCAGCGCUGCGCAGGGCGCUGCUAUUGGUGGUUUUAUGGGCACUCUCACCAACGACGUCUCGUCUUCUCUGCCCACUCCUCAAGCCGGCCUCAACCCUCAAGCCAUGGCUUCUUUCAAGCAGGCCCAGGCUCUUGCUGGAGGUCCCUUGGUACAAGCUCGCAACUUUGCCGUCAUGACAGGUGUUAAUGCUGGCAUAUCUUCUGUUAUGAAGAGAUUGAGAGGCAAGGAGGAUGUCCAGUCAAGCAUGGUGGCUGCUUUUGGGUCUGGGGCUAUGUUCUCGUUGGUGAGUGGAAUGGGAGGUCCAAAUCAGGCGGCAAAUGCUGUUACCUCUGGUCUCUUUUUUGCCCUCGUUCAAGGUGGACUUUUUAAGUUAGGGGAAAAGUUUUCUCAACCACCUGUGGAAGAUGUGUACUAUGCUAAAACAAGAAGCAUGUUGAAUAACCUUGGACUACAAAGUUAUGAGAAGAAUUUCAAGAAAGGCUUACUGACCGAUACCACUCUGCCUCUGCUCACUGACAGUGCGCUUAGAGAUGUCAAAAUUCCCCCAGGACCAAGGCUACUCAUUCUGGAUCACAUUCAGAGGAAUCCAGAGCUAAGAGAGAGACGAAGCUGAUUUAAAGGGAGCAUGUUGCCCAGUUUAUUUGCAACCAAGUGUCCCCCACUUUCUACUUGAACUUGAGUUGGUAGGGGAAAUACUAGGUCAUCUUAAUUAGAAAGAAUGUGUAAUAAAUAGGGCUGUUAUACUUGUGAGUGGUUGAUUCUGUCAUUUGAAUUCACACUAAGUUCGAUUUUGAAUGCACCUUUUCGUUAUAUUGCGGACGAUAGAACCAUGCCUGGUUGGGAUUAAUGGAACUUGAUUUUUUC